AUGGCAUUCGAUUAUAGAUCCGUUGGCUUCAUCGGCCUAGGUGCAAUGGGCAAACCAAUGGCCGGGCAUCUCGCAGAGGUAUUACCCAAGGAAUGCACGAUAUGGGUGUAUGAUAUCCUCGAAUAUUCAUUGCAUGAGUUCUGUAGCAAAUAUGCCGAGCGCUCAAAGAAGGCAGCAAGUGCAAAGGAGGUAGCGGAGAACUGCGAAAUAAUCCUCACCAUGCUCCCAGAAAGUGCACACGUAAGAGAUGCCUACCUCGACCCUCGAACCGGCAUAUGCGCCUCCCCCAGCAGUCUAGCGAACAAACUCAUCAUCGACCACUCUACCAUCGACACCGCCACAUCCUCCCUAAUCGCCUUCCACAUCACCUCCAUCUCUCCAAGCACCUCCUUCUACGAUGCCCCCGUGUCCGGCGGCGUCAACGGCGCUAUUUCCGGUACUCUCGCCAUCUUCCUUGGCUGUGCCCCUACAGACCCCCAGCUCCCCCGCCUCAUGUCUCUGUUGUCCACAUUCGCCGCACAAAUCAUCCCCUGCGGAGCGCCCACCUACGGCCUCGCCGCAAAACUCAGCAACAACUACCUCUCUGGUAUCAUUGCCAUCGCCGCCAGCGAGGCCUUCACGAUGGGCAUGAAAGCAGGCCUCGACCCUCGUGUCCUAGCACGCGUGUACGCUGCUAGCACUGCGCAGAAUGCCGUCGUCGAUCGCUUCUGCCCUGUGCCUGGUGUCUGGCAUGAAGCACCCAGUUCGCGCGGAUAUCGUGAUGGGUUUGGCGUCGAGCUGAUGAGGAAGGAUUUUGCGCUCGCGGGUGAGAUGGCGCAGAGGGUGGGCGCGCAGAAUGUGUUGGGUGAGGUGGGUAGGGCGAUCUAUGAGGAGGCAGAGAGAGAUGAGGCGUGUAGCGGGUUGGACUCGAGGGUUGUGCUUAGGUUACUUGGUGGGGAUGAGCGGUGGAUGAACAGGCCGGGCGAUUGGGAGGAGAGGGGGUGA